AUGUUGCCAAAGUCUUGGCAAAGCAUCAGCUCUUCAUGUGGCUUUCUCAAUCAUCACCUCGGCUGCCCACGGGGUUUGUUGUGGCGUUUACAGGGAUACCUCAUGGCAAACCAUCAUGAUGUGGAUUUGGCCGAGUUUGAAAAGAAGAAUCACCGUCGUCGAAACACCAUCAUGCUUCACUUACGGGUCUCGCGGCUAUGCGAGCCGAAUGAAGCGCCACGCUGGCAUCUGAAAGGAGAACCUGCACAACCAUUGCAAUGCAAAACUCGGACUGAAACAGCUAUGGUUAGUGGGGAAUUUGAAAUCAUUCUCGUCAAGGUGGCUUACCAGAGCCGCACACUUGGCUGCCAAAUCUCGCCAUCGGUUCAUUGUCCAGCAAGCCAUCAAAUCUUCGAUGGAACAAGUCAACCCGUAUUUAUCGCCAGGACGGCUUUACUGCACCGAAAACCGAAAAGCCAUCAGUGA